GGCCGGGGCUCCGGGGGGAGCAGGCUCUCCAGGCAUUGCCAUGCUGGGGGCCUGGGCCCGUGGCGGGUGGCGGGCCGUCCGGCGCUGCGCCUCCCUGCCACGGGCGGUGCGGCUGCGCGUCCGCGACGCGCUGGGGGCGCGGGAGCCGGCGGAGGCGGUCAGAGUGCAGGGCUGGGUCCGUUCUGUCCGAUCCCAGAAGGAAGUUUUGUUCCUGCACAUAAACGAUGGAAGUUCUCUGGAACACCUCCAAGUGGUUGCUGAUUCCAGCCUGGAAAAUAAGUUGGUCUGUUUGAAAGACCUGACUUUUGGAAGUGCAGUGGAAGUGCAAGGGAAGCUGGUCAAAAGUCCUCAUAGGAUGCAAAAUAUGGAGCUGCAAGCCGAAACCAUCCGUGUGGUGGGACCUUGUGAUAUUUGGUCGUUUCCCCUGAAAAUGAAGGAGAGGCACCCGCUGGAGUAUGUCCGACAGUUCCCUCACCUGCGCUGCAGGAACAACACACUGGGCUCCCUCUUGAGAAUCCGCAGUGAAGCCACUGCAGCCAUCCACUCCUUCUUCCAGGAUAAUGGCUAUGUGCAUAUUCAUACCCCCAUAAUUACAUCCAAUGACUGUGAAGGUGCUGGGGAACUCUUUCAAAUUGAGGCAUCAAGUGAGGUAAGAGAAUCUGCAGAAAAGACCCAUUUCUUCAAUGUGCCUGCCUUCCUGACAGUUUCUGGCCAACUCCAUUUGGAAGUGAUGGCAGGGGCUUUUACCCAUGUGUUCACCUUUGGUCCGACGUUCCGGGCGGAAAACUCACAGAGUCGCCGGCACCUGGCAGAGUUCUACAUGGUGGAGGCUGAGCUAUCCUUCACUGAAAGCCUACAGGACAUCAUGCAGGUUAUGGAAGAUCUUUUCAAGACAGUAACAAGCACUGUGCUCUCCAAAUGUCCUCGUGAUGUUGAACUUUUUCACAAAUAUGUCAGUCCUGCACAGAAGGACAGGUUGGAACAAAUACUGAAGAACAAAUUUGUGACAAUUACAUACAGUGAAGCAGUGGAAAUUUUGAAGCAAGCUUCUCAAACUUUCACUUUCAAGCCAGAGUGGGGCUGUGACCUCCAAACGGAACAUGAGAAAUACCUGGUGAAGCACUGUGGUGAGGUUCCUGUGUUUGUGAUUAACUACCCAUAUGACCUCAAGCCUUUCUACAUGCGGGACAAUGAAGAUGGACCCCAACACACAGUUGCAGCUGUUGAUCUCCUCGUACCAGGAAUAGGGGAGUUGUGUGGAGGCAGCUUGAGAGAAGAGCGACUGCCUUUCCUCGAAUCACGCUUACAGAGAUUAGGACUCGCAGAUGCCUACCAAUGGUAUCUAGACCUCCGAAAAUUCGGCUCAGUUCCUCAUGGAGGCUUCGGAAUGGGGUUUGAACGCUACCUGCAGUACAUCUUGGGAGUUGACAAUAUCAAAGAUGUUAUUCCUUUCCCCAGAUUUUCUCACUCCUGUCUCCUGUAGCUCAGCAGCUGACUCAUAUGGAGAAAACUGGUGUGACUAUCCGUAUAUAACAUACUAGGAUAUGACUGUAUUUUAGCGCAAAAUCAAGAUAAUUUUUAUAUCAGUGAAACUCUUGGUCAGUUUCAUACUGGGCUAUUGAAAAUAAUAUAUGUUCUGGUGAGAUUAUGGAAGCACACCGGCAGUUUAUUUGAUAGCAGCUCAUGUCUUCAGUGCACUUCAGGAGUAUUAGUAAAUCCCACUUAACUAAAGAGUUAAGAUUCUCCUGAGACUAAUACAGGCCAUGGAGGUACUAAGUAAGUGAUGUUGGGAGGUAGUCGGGGUUAUGUGAAAUAUUAAAAAGGAGGUGUGACCUAAAAAUACUGUCAUGGCAGCAGUGCACUUGCUGUUGCAAGAUGGCUACUGUAAAGCAUGAUCCUCCCCACUCCGAGUUAAAAGCAAAUAUUGCUUACUUUGGAAAAAUCAACCAAACCUACCAAGGGGCAGUGUCACCUUGGUACUGCUGGAGCAAGUCAGGUGAAUGUUUGAUUUUCUGAAUCAUCAAUAAAGAUGUACUGGGUUGUUUUGUAA